AUGAAGAAGAAUCUGGAGCAUAUUAGAAAUAUCACUGAUCCCACACAUAAAGACGAUCCGGUAGCAUUCGUUGCACGUCUGAAAGACAGUGAAGAAUACAAGGCAGUGCUCGAAAAACUGGAUAGCUUUUCCGAUAAGUUGGCCGAUACGAAAUCUUUGGUAACUGCUCUCACUAUCAGCACAACAAAUCAAGCCCAACCAGUCAAAGAGUCUGCUUCUCAAGUCUCGCAAAACUUCCAGAAACUGAAGACCUUCGUUACUGAUUCGAAUACGUUCGUGGGUGUGCUGGUUAAACUUAGAGGAAUCGGAGAGUUUGAGUCAAUCGAACCAGUGAUUAAACUGCGUCGAAAACUCAGCCAAUUGACUAAAAACAAAGGAAAUCUUGAUUUCCCAUCACUGGUUCAGAACAUUGGAAAAAUGCAACCAAAACUGAAGGCAUUGGAAGGAGAGAUCAAUAAGAUAAAGGGAUUGAAAAAUAAGGAAACUGAUGUAUUGAUGAGUUUGGAAGAUGCGAAGAAGGAUUCGGAUACUCUUGGAUCGGCGACACGCGGAAUUGUUAGUAUGAAACAAAUGACAAAAGAUCCAGUUGAUAUGAAGCGAUUGAUUCAUGCAGUGGGAACGAUCGAUGUAGAGAGGAAGUCGAGUCGAGUGAAAUUGAGUUCUGACGAAGAAAAAAGUUUGGAUGAGUUGAGCCGAUUGGGAGGAGAUAUCAAUACAUUGAAAUCUUCAAUUAGUCAAUACAUUUUUUCUGUGAAAGCUUCAAAAUCCGAGAAACUCUCCGAUCAUUCUGAUAUCUUUGAUAAGGCUGCAUCUUUCAAUGGAAUUCCCACAGACUUCAAGACUGCCAUCGUCUCAAUUGAGAAAUUGGCUAAUGACCCUUCAUCUUCAGCUCCAGACCUUCUUCGUAAAGACGUUCCAAUUUGGGAAAAGCUCGAUUCGAUUGGUUUGGACUUUGCAAAAUAUCAGACUGCCCUCCAAUCUGCGAAGAAAUCGUUGAGUUCUCUGGAAGCGACGUUCGCAAAGUUCCAUGGAUCAUCAGUAGUGGCUACGUCUUCUCCAUCGAAUAGUUCUGAAAGUGAAGGUGAUGACAACCCUUCUUGGGGGGCUUUCAUCAAAAACCUCGGUAUCUUCACUGGUAUCAUAGUAGCUCUUCUUGUCAUAGGUAUUGGUGGUGGCAUGACUUUCUUGCAUCUGAAACGAAAGCGAGAAAUGAAAAGAAAAGGGAAGACUCGAGGAAUUGAAGAGGGUGGCGGAGGGAAGAAAUCAAAAGGAAAGAAAUCGAAAGGAAAGAGCACUGGAGCAACCGAGAAGACGGGAGGAGAUACUGAGACAACGGGAACUCCGACGACAAAUAACGAUACGAUGUCGAAAAGUGUCACAAUCCAGGAGGAACCAAAGAGCAAAAUGAAGAAAACUGAGAAGUCGAAGAAAAAAGGAGACAAGAAGAAGAAGGAAAAGAAGAGCAAAAAGUGA